UUUGAGUGGGAGUUGAUAUGGAAUGUAUCCCAUUUGAGUUGAUGCAAGUCACUAUCAAUCCCAAAUAGUGCCUAUCUACGUCCUUCUAAUUACAAUUUAUAUCAGCCCCUUCUCCAGUAGCCCCUCCUCUCAAAAAUCAACCUGGGAACCGAGGAGGACCCAGAAAGAUGGCAACUUUGAACUGGGUUCUCGUUAUUUUGAUCAGUACAUUGCUUAUUGAUCUCACCAAUUGCAGCAGCGGUGGAUUUUCUGCAGACCCAUAUGGCCAGCAACAGUUGGACAGAGUUUUGCACCUUCCUGGCCAAAAUUUUAAUGUGAGUUUUGCUCACUAUGCUGGAUUUGUUACGGUCAAUGAGGAAGCUGGGAGGGCUUUAUUUUACUGGUUUUUCGAGGCUGCUGAAGACCCUGCAUCCAAGCCUCUUGUUCUUUGGCUCAAUGGAGGGCCUGGAUGUUCAUCAAUUGCUUAUGGGGUGGCUGAGGAGAUUGGCCCUUUUCAUGUUGAGAAAGAUGGGAAACAUCUUUAUCUGAACCCUUACUCUUGGAACCAAGCUGCAAAUAUGUUAUUUCUGGACUCUCCGGUUGGAGUUGGAUAUUCCUACUCAAAUACUCCCUCAGAUCAUCUAAACAAUGGGGAUUUAAGGACUGCUGCUGACUCCCAUGCAUUUUUGUUGAAAUGGUUUGACCGUUUUCCUCAGUAUAAAGGAAGGGACUUCUAUAUCUCUGGCGAGAGCUAUGCAGGACAUUACGUUCCUCAAUUAAGUCAAGCUGUAGUGAGGCACAACUCCGCAACAAAGGAUAAAACAAUUAAUUUCAAGGGUUUCAUGGUUGGAAAUGCUUUAUUUGAUGACUUUCAUGACCACCUGGGACUUUUCCAAUUUUUGUGGUCAGCUGGAAUGAUAUCUGACCAGACAUUCAAGAAGCUAAACAUUUUUUGUGACUUAGAUUCAUUUAUACUUCCCAAAGAGUCAUGUGGUAAGAUUCUUGACAUUGCCGACAAAGAAAUUGGAAACAUCGAUCAAUACAGUGUCUUCACUCCUGCUUGCACAGCCAACUUUAGUGUGAUGAAUCAGUUUCUGAAGAGGAGGAAUAAGGUUGGACAUUUAAGAAAGGCAUAUGAUCCGUGUACAGAGCAGCAUUCAACAGUUUACUUUAAUCUUCCCAAGGUUCAACACGCGCUUCAUGUUUACAACAGAAGCAAUUCAUUCAAAUGGGUAACUUGCAGUGAUGAUGUGUACAAUAACUGGAAGGAUUCUCCUCGGUCAGUGCUGAACAUCUAUCAUGAGCUUCUAAAUGCUGGAAUUCGAAUAUGGGUCUUCAGUGGCGAUACAGAUGCCGUACUGCCGGUUACAUCUACUCGCUAUAGUAUAGAUGCUCUGAAGCUGCGAACAGUUGGUCCAUGGCGUCCUUGGUAUGAUGAUGGACAGGUUGGAGGAUGGACACAGCAAUAUGAAGGGCUAAACUUUGUUACCGUGAGAGGAGCAGGACAUGAAGUUCCCUUGCAUAGGCCAAAACAAGCUCUCACACUGUUCAAGUCUUUCAUAUCUGGAAACUCAUUACCACAACUAGAACAAAUUAGUGAUUCUUACCAUCACCCAAUGUCUGUUUAACUGAGCUGAUAAAGAGCGAUGUAUUGAUGCGAUAAACUGUUGUUGUAGCUGCAAUAAUGUUGUAUUUACCUGUAACACCAACUAUGGGGUUCAGGGGAUCUGAAGCACUGAAGUAUGUUUGGAUUCCUUCAGUGACCGCCUCAAUUUUACUUUCACCUUGUUCUGUGGCAGAAAGAUUCUAACAUUUGCUAAAUUCAGAUUUAAUCAACUAGUGAUGUGCUUCA